UCCGGAAUAAAUUACGCCAGCAAUGCGCAGAAAUCAGCUGUUAUUAAUCAGUCCAUAUGAAGUGAAUAUUACUGUUAGGAAUUUAAAGAUUUCAAGUUUACCUCAAGAUAUGGGUUCACCUUGAUUAACUUUUAUUGUGACUAGAAUAUGAGUGUUCGCGUUAGCAUACUGGCUGUUCUUUCACUACAUGUAUGUAAAAUCAAUGGAGGAUGUCACGUAAACGAUUGGCCGCACUCGUGUCAAGCCAACUUUAGAAUAGGACCUCAAAGAUGUGAACCAUGUGAGUCUGGUAGUUAUGGCUGUAACUGUUCAGAACCGUGUCCCUAUGGUACAUACGGUCAGGGAUGUUACCAUGUUUGUGAUUGUUCUGAUGAACAAUUCUGUGAUCCUUUAGUAGGUUGUACCAACAACAGUAGGACUACAGAUAUAACAACCGGUAAAGUUGAAUCUACGCCAUACAUUAGAAGUAAUACAAGAGAUGUGAAAAGCACUCCUUCGUUCAAGAGUGAUAAAGACCAACUGACAAUUUUGACUAUUGUUGGAAUAACCACUGGCACGCUACUGUCAAUAGGUGUUAUUUCCAAUGUAUUUUGCUUCUGUUUCUUAUGCAGACGAAAAUCAGACUCGUUUUCUCUUGAAAAAGAUGUAAAAUCAACUGAGGGUGUACUUGAACUAGGAACCAAUGAAGAGGACAUCGAUGUUCAUUCGUAUCUCACUAUCAGUGAUAGAUCAGUCAGAAUGUAUGCAGCUGUCCAUUACGACGAGGCAGAGGACAAAAAAAGUAGUCCUUCUUUAUCACUACACAGUGAAAAAGAGGACUUAAGCAUCAAAAGUAAAACAAGUCCUUCCUCAUCCUUUCACAGGAAGAAAGAAGAGGAUGCAAGCAUUAAAAGUGAUACCAGUAAGAUAUUACAGGGAUAUCUGACUCCUGUUGUGACAACUGUCGAGGAAACCAAAUCGGAUAGUCAACGAUCUAGUGAUUAUGAAGAUUUUCAAGAAAUCAUAAAGUGUACAGAAAAUUUCGAAUCUCCAGCCAGCCUGAGUUUCAAAUUGGGUACACUGGUCAAAAUUGACAAAGUUCAACUUUGAUUAAGGAUAAGCCAAAGGAAUCGCUAAAAUAAUACAUUAAGAUAAAAGUUUUUCUUCCCUCUAUUCAUAUGAAUACCUAGGUUAUGAUCUUUUUGUUAAAGACGUUAACUAGAAUUUAUUUUUCUACCAGAAAAGGCAACUUUAAUCUUAAUUUGAAAUGUUAUGUGC